AUAAUGAGCGAAACAAACACUCUAAUAAAUUGGCCGGCUCGAUUAAAAAUUGGAGCACGAUCAAAGAAAGAUCCUCAUGUACGUAUUGCCGGAAGAGCUGAUGAUGUGAAACGUGCCCGGGAGAAGAUUAUGCAAGUAUUGGACACCAGGAGCAACCGGGUCACAAUGAAGAUUGACGUUAGCUACACGGACCACUCGCAUAUCAUUGGCAAGGGCGGACUGACAAUAAAGCGCGUGAUGGAGGACACGGGCUGCCACAUCCACUUCCCGGACUCGAACCGCACCAGCGCGACUGAGAAGAGCAACCAGGUGUCGAUAGCCGGCGACAUGGAGCGCGUGGAGCGAGCCCGCGCCCGCGUGCGCGCCCUCACUCCGCUCGUCUUCAGCUUCGAGCUGCCCAUCGCCGGCGCCGCUCAGCCGCUGCCCGACGUCACCUCGCCCUACGUGCAGCAGCUGCAGGAACAGUACAACGUUCAGGUGAUGGUGCGCAACCGGUCCAAGCUGCACGCCAAUAUGAUGGUGGUGAAAGGGGUGCAAUGGGAGGUGCAGGCCACCAUGGAGGCCACCGGCCUUCUCAUGAACUACAUGUGCGGGCCCCUCGCCAGCCAGACGCAGGUGCACAUGAGCCUGGAGAUCUCCCCGGCGCACCACGGCGCGGUGGUGGGGCGCGGCGCGGAGCAGCUGAAGCUGAUCAUGCGCGGCACCGGCACUCAGAUAAUGUUCCCCGACGCCGCAGACCCCAACAUCCCCGCGCUGCGCAAGAGCUGCGUCACCAUCACCGGGCACAUGAAGGACGUCUACGCCGCGCGCCAGCAGCUUGUGGGCAGUCUGCCGCUGGUGGUGAUCUUCGACAUGCCGGCGGAGGGCGGGGCGCGGCUGGACGAGGAGGCUGUCGGCCAGCUCAUGCAGAAGCACAACGUGUUCAUCAGCGUGCGCCACAAACCCAAGCAGGGCAUCGCCUCCGUCAUCAUCAAGGGCAUCGAGCGCUGCGCCAACGACAUCUACGAGGCGCGACGCGAGCUGCUGGGCGGCAAGGAGCCGGUCAUCACGGCGGAGAUCCCCGAGUCUUACAACAUCCCGAUGCCGACGGGCGCCAUCCCCAACUUCGGGGUGUACAACCCCUUCUCCGUGGGCGCCUCCCCGUGCUCCCCCUACGGCCUGCAGCUGGAGCUGGGCCUGGCCAGCCCCAUGGGCGCCCUGGGCGGCGCGCUGUCGCCCGUCAGCCCGCCCGCGCUGCCGCCCUGGCUGGUGUCUCCGCAGCACCGCGCGCAGCUGCACCUGCCGCCCGUGCAGUCUGUGCAGUCUGUGCAGUCUGUGCAGCACAACAACUCGCCCCUCCUCUACAAGAACUCGCCCAACUCCUGGAACUCAAUGUGCGCGGGCGCUGACAUGAGCGGCAUGCAGCAGCAGAUGCUGCAGCCCUACCACCAGAUGCCGGACGCCAGGCCAAUAACCCUGAACCAGUUGCUGAACUGCAGCUCGCAGGCGAGCAGCGGCUACCAGAGCAACUUCACCGGCAGCUCCGUCUCCCUCGACGUCAAUAACACAUCAGGAGGGGAGGCGAGCAACGUGGCGUCGCCCUCGGUGUCCCCCAUCAGCGCCCACAGCCCUGCGCCCUCCGCCGCCUCCGCCAGUGCAGAGCUGGCGAGUCUGAUCUCUGGCAUGCCGCUGUCUGCGCGGCGGGCGGUGGGCUGCGAGAAGAAGACGCUGCAGACGCUGGCCAGGCUCUCCCCCCUCAUGGACUACCAGGCCAAGCGCGCAGAGGCUGAGAAGGCGAUGCGCGAGUCAGUGGGCGGCGGGUACCGCGUGCCGACUGGACACUGGGCCGGCAACUACUUCAGCAAGACCUCGCCCGGACUCCUCACCAACAACGCCAACGGCGAAAACAACACUACGCCUGAGAAGGGUUGGAACAGAUCCGAGCUGGUGAGGCCCAACAUCGCGGAGAUUAUGACCCCUCCGAAGAGCGCGCAGCCUGCAGCACCUCGCGAGCCCUCCCCGCAGCCCGCACCACCCAAGCAGUGCCGCUACCAGCAGCUGUACGACUUGCUCCGAGACAUCGGACUUUAUAAAUACAUAGAUCUGUUCAAGAAGCACGAGCUGGACAUGUCGACGUUCGCAUCGCUCAAUGAGGCCGACCUCGUCGAGAUCGGAGUCACCGCCUUCGGCGCCCGCAGGAAGAUGCUGCUGACCAUCGCUGAGCUGCAAAAGCAAGCGGCGACGUUCAAGGGCGGGGCGACUCCUGGUGGUGGUGGUGGUGGUAGUGGUGAGCGAGCGCUGGUACACUCGCCGCAGUACGACCUGCAGCCGCUACAAGACAAGUGGUAA